ACGGCCAUCAGCGGGGACAGCAGCCACAAGUCCUUCUUCGCCUUCGUGGUGAAGCAGAGCGACGUCGUCAUCUGCACGGCCCAGAUCCUGCAGAAAGCCCUGGUCAGCAGGGAGGAGGACACGCACGUGGAGCUGACGGAUUUCUCACUGCUGGUGAUAGACGAGUGCCAUCACACCCACAAGGAAGCCGUCUACAACAAAAUCAUGCUGAAUUACCUCCAGCGCAAGCUCCAGGGGCAGCAGAACCUGCCACAGGUCCUGGGCCUGACGGCAUCUCCCGGCACCGGGGGGGCAACCUCCUUCGAGGGGGCCGUAGAGCACGUCUUUCAGAUCUGUGCCAACCUGGACGCUGAGAAAAUCACGUCAGCGCAGGAGGAGCUGCAGCACCUGCAGAGCCACGUCCCCCAGCCCAAGAAGCAGUACGACCUCUGCCAGGAGAGAGUGCAGGACCCCUUUGGCGAGCGGCUGAAGAAGGUGAUGGAGCAGAUCCAGCAGUACAUGGAGAUGCCCAGCCUGCCGCGGGACUUUGGCACGCAGAUUUACGAGCAGCGCAUCGUGGAGCUGGAGAAGAGAGCGGCAGAGACGUUUUGUCGCAAGAUGCGGGUGUGCGCGCUGCACUUGCGCAAGUACAACGACGCUUUGCUGAUCAACGACACGGUGAGGAUGAUCGACGCCUUCCAGUGCCUCCAGCAGUUCUACGCCACCGAGCGGGACAUGAAGGACCCCACCGAACAGUUCCUUACUACCAUGUUUGAGGAGAACAGGAUGAGCCUGCAGGCGCUCGCUGGGGACCAGCGCUAUGAGAACCCCAAGCUGGGCAAGCUGGAGGAGAUCCUGCGGGAGCACUUCCAGCCCCUGGGCGCUUCUCGUGGCAUCGUCUUCACCAAGACCCGGCAGAGCGCCCACAGCUUGCUCAGCUGGCUGCAGGACACAGCCCUGCUCUGCAGGCAGCACAUCAAGGCUGCCGUCCUCACCGGCGCUGGCUACAGCAACCAGACCAGGCACAUGACGCAGAACGAGCAGCAGGAUGUGAUCAAGCUGUUCCGCGAGGGAGCCCUCAACCUGCUCUUCUCCACCAGUGUGGCCGAGGAGGGGCUGGAUAUCCCCGAAUGCAACAUCGUGGUCCGCUACGGGCUGAUGACCAACGAGAUCGCCAUGAUGCAGGCCCGGGGCCGUGCCCGUGCCAAGGACAGCGUCUACUCCAUCCUCGCCAAAGCCAACAGCAGGGAGGUCUCCCGUGAGCUGCUCAACGAGGACCUCGUGGAGCUCAUGGAGAGGGCGAUCAGAGCGGUGCAGGCCAUGCCCGAGCAGGAGUACCGCCUCAAGAUCAGGGAGCUGCAGCGAGUUGCCGUUGCCAGUUGGCUGAUGAAGGAGGCCAGGAUCAGUGAAAGGCGGCAGUUGCACGACCCGGAUGCCGUUUACCUCUACUGCGUCAACUGCAACACGGCGGUGUGCCGCGGCAGCGACAUCCGCACCGUGGAGGGCAUGCACCACGUUAACAUCAACCCCAACUUCGGGUUGUAUUACAGAGCUUCCUCUGGGAAAAUACAGUUCCAGCGGACUUUCAAGGACUGGGAGCCCGGCUGCCGCAUCGUGUGCAGUGAGUGCAGCCAGGACUGGGGAAUGGAGAUGAUCUACCGGCAGGUGAAGCUGCCCAUCCUCUGCAUCAAAAACUUUGUGGUGGAGACCCCAGCUGAGAAGAAGAAGUACAAGAAGUGGAGUGCCGUGACGUUCCCCGUCAAGGAGUUCGACUACCUGGAGUACUGCUCCAGCACCUAUGACAAGUCCUUUUAGCGUGGGCUCUGCUCAGAAGAGGACUAUUCCUAGGCCACAUCCUGGGACAGUGGGACCCUUCCCGUUGCCCUUGGCAUGGGACCCUGCCUCCAGGCUUGUGCAGACUGAAAGCCAGGGCUCGCUCCUCUUUUCCGCGCUGGACCGAGUCAUCGCAGCACAUCUCUUGCUAGAGCCUGCGAUCGCAGGGGGAGGCUUUGCUGCACCCACACUGAAAGGAUGAGAAACUGGGAUGGGAAAGCAUCCAAACCCUCCCCUGCCUACUGCUCCCGUGCCGAUGCCUUCCCCUCCUGCCCCCCUAGUGCUGCCAGGCUUGGGGGACUCUCUCCACAGCCAUGCCAGGAGAACCACUCAUUUCACAUGGGCCCAGGACACAGCCCAGAAUUUCUCUGGGAGCUUCUGGUCUGCUUUGUUGAGUUUGAUGGUCCUCCAUUAAAAACGUGGGUGUGCACGCUGGG